AUGAUAGUGUUGCUUCUUUUUCUAGCAAUUUCCGCAACAGCUACAACUAAUACUUAUCUCACUUUUUCCUCAACUUCUAACCCUUCCAGCGCUGAGAUCACACUUACAACAGAUAUUUCAUACUUCGCCAGCAAUUACCAAGACUAUACGAUAGAAUUUUGGAUGCGCCCAACGUGGAAUACGAAGACAGUUUCUGUUAAAAACGUGACCAGGGACAGUGCAGACUGGGUUCUUCAAUACACUCCAGGAACUCAAACCUUGCUUCUUAAUCGCCAGACAACCUACAUAAAUUACUGCCAAUUUACGUAUGUUCCAGUUGGUGUAUGAACCCACAUAAUGUUUGCAAAAACUUACAGUACUUUAAAAUUCACCUGUUAUAUGAAUGGGCUGUCUACCAAUGUAACAGAAACAGGCACCGCAUCCUUAAUUGGGUAUUACCCUAAAUAUGUUUACCUUGGCAGCACUUAUGAAGGGAACAUCCUUGACUUCAGAUUUUGGCUUGCCGAUGUAAGAACAGAAGCCAAUGUACUUAAAUAUAUGAACCACUAUUUCAGCUCUUCUUUCCCUAGUACUCUUUCACUAUAUUGGAGAUUAAUGAACCCAAGCAGCACCACUGCAACUACCCUUACAGAAUCUGUCGCAGGAAAUUCCGCAUCUAUUGGCUCCAGCUUUGUAAAGGCUUCACUUUGGGUCAGUGAAACUUCUAAUGAUAUCGUGUGUGCUACUAGUCAGUAUAUAGCAAGUGGGACCUGCACUGCUUGUAGCAGCUCUUGCAGCAUGUGCACAAAUUCAGGGUUAUCAUGUACAAGCACUGCAUCUAAUUAUUUUGAUAGAGGCUUAGAUUCCACCAAUACUGUAUAUUGGGUUCCUACAAGUGGCUCUGCUGCAACUUUUGAAUUUUGGGUAAUGCCGAAUACAUGAGAUGUAUCGUCUCAGCCAGUUUUAUAUUUUCAGCCAGUUUUGCUUAUCCAAAGAAAAGCUGACACUUCAAAUAUAGUUUUCAUUAACUCAGCAAGUAAUGAAAACCUUCAGUUGUCUAUGCCUGCUAAAGAGUGAGCACAUAUAGCAUUUACAAGAAGUGGGACAUCAAAUAUUAUAGCUAAUAUUUAUUUUAAUGGCGUUUUGAAAUAUACAGGCCAAUGGAGUUCAACCUUUGAAACUAUUGUUGACAUUUGGCUAGGCAAAACUUCAUCAACAAGUGCUAAUUUUAAUGGAGUUCUACAAGAACUUAGGCUGUGGAGCGCAGUCAGGACAAGCUCAGAGAUUGCGUCGUAUAUGAACUUAAAAAUGGGAUCAACACUUCCUUCAACGCUAUCUGAGUAUUGGCCUUUGAAUGAAGGAUCAGGGACAACUAUAAAUGAUAAGAAAAACAGUGUGAGUAUAUAUAAAAGUAUCAUUGGGAACUUGUGGAGAUCAUUAGACUGCACAACAGAAGGCUGUAAAAUAUUGUGCACUGAAGGGUACUAUAUGAACUCGACAACGGGAGUGUGCACUGCUUGUGAUGUAUCCUGUGGACUUUGCAAUGCCUAUGGCGCAAGCAGCUGUUUAACAUGUGCGACAACUUAUCCUUAAUCCCCCUUGAUUAAAGGACAAAACCUGCUAUUUGAAAAAUUAAAUUUUUAGAAAACAUUUUUAUAUAAGGAAUAAUUAUCAUAAUAAAAUCUCCAUUAUAAAUUUUAAACCUUUAAUCCUUGCAGGAGUGAAAUCAAUUUUCUCACUAACUCUUCUCUCUUUAAGAGAGAACGUGGCUUUUUCGUAAAAUUUUUUUUUGGAAAAUAUAAAAAUCCCAAAUCUCUAAAAUUGGAAAGCAAAAUUAAUUUAAUUGUAAAAUUUAUGUUUUAGAAUGCAAGUUGUUUUUUAAAUUAAACAGAAUUAGCUAGAGAUUAUAAUUAUCAAUAAUAUAUACAAAGUGUGGGUUUUUGCCCAAAAAAUAAGGAUUUUUCCAAUUUUUUUGUUCGCUCACAGAGGGGGGAGUAAUUGUAAUGCUCACUCAUAAAGGGUGAGAACAAGAAAAAGAGUUAUCAAAUAAGUGACUCGCCUAUUUGCUAUUCAUCUUGCCCUUCUGGUUAUGUGCUUUUAACAGGGACAACUACAUGUGCAAAAUGUGCCUCAAACCAGUUUAUUAGCAGCGGGUCUUGUGUAAACUGUGACUCAUCAUGCUUAACAUGCUCUGGGUCUUCAAGCUCUCAAUGUUUGUCCUGUGCUAGCGGCUAUACAUUGGUAUCUGGCACCUGCGCUGCAAACUGCCAAACUGGACAAUAUAGAGAUACACCUACGACUUGUAAAACAUGUGACUCAUCAUGUUAUACUUGCAGCGGAUCAAGCUCAACGUGUAUUUCAUGCAGCUCAUAUAAAUAAAAUGGCAUUCGGUUCGAGAGAAAUUAGCUCUGCUAAAUUUCUCUCCCUCAUGGAAUUUUUUUUUUAUGGGGUUAGGUUUUCUCUCGAGAACUUCUGCACAACAAUAGCUGUUUAACUUUAGGGAUAACCAAAGGAACAGCUCCUCAGUGCGCUUAAGAUCUCGGAGUUUUUACCCUCAGCACUUCUCCAUGCGAAGAAGACCCUUAGGCGGAACACGCGCAGGAGCUGAGUCAAGACAGAGCGACGGUAACGCGCCGGGUGAGAUGUGCGGCGGCUAGGGGCGAAGCGUCAAUAGAAGGCUUGGCCGGUUGGGCUGGCCACCGCGAUUCAAAGAUGGCUCCGUGACGUCACUAGCUAGCUAAAAGUUCCAUUUUGGGACUGCGGCACUAGACACCUUAAACACCGAAUAAUUAAGUUAAGUUAAGUUAAGUAUUUCAUGUAGCUCAACAUUAGUUCUUUAUAAUAGUCAAUGCGUGUCUUCUUGCCCAGAAGCCACCUACAAUAGCGGAACAUCCUGUAUCAGUUGUGACACUUCUUGUGCAACAUGCAAUGGAGGAACCAAUUUAAACUGUGUCACAUGUGCUAGUGGCUACCCAUAUAGAGACUCAACAGGCAAAUGCGUGGCAUCUUGCCCAAAUUUGUUAGUCCCAAGCCAAAACUUGUGUGUCGAUUUUUGUCCUACUAAUUAUUAUGCUUCAAAUAGCCAGUGCUUACCAUGUGAUCCAAGCUGCUCUGGCUGCACUGGAGCGGGGGCAUCAAAUUGUGCUGGAUGCAGUAAUAGUUAUCUUUAUAAUGGAGCUUGCUAUGCAACUUGUCCGAGUAAUACAUUUGUUAGUGGAACUUCUUGUGCUAAUUGUGAUUCAACAUGCUCAGGAUGUAGCGGAUCAGCAUCUAAUCAAUGCACUGCAUGUGCAACAGCUUAUCCAUAUAGAGAAUCUGGAACUAAUUUGUGUGUGGCUACUUGCCAUGCGACUUAUUAUUUGGUGCAGGAUUUUGCCCAUACAUUUUAGCUUGCAGUUAUAAACUUUUUGUGUUUGGGUAAAAUAACUCCCUCAUAUAGAACAAUUUUUUUUAUUUUUAGAGAUAAAAUAAUAAAAUCUUGGUAAUUUGAUAUUGCCAAAUAGGAAAUCUAAAUAUACUCUUUCUAUUUUAAUUGUGAAGCGAAGAAGAGUAUUUUUUUAAAAAAAAUUCUCACUAUUAAUCGAUCAUUUUUUAUAAUAAAUUUGGAAAAUUAAAAAAUAAACAAAAAUAUAUGGCCUAUUAUUUAGUCGCUGACCUCAAAAGCUGUGUUACUUCUUGUCCUUUAGGUUAUUACAUAUCUGGAACUAAUUGUUUGCCAUGUGAUACCUCUUGCGCAAGCUGCUCUGGAACCUCAACUUCCUGCACUACCUGUGCUGCUGGACAAUUUUUGUAUUCAAGCCAGUGUCUUACAAGCUGUCCAUCAACAACUUACGUCGAAGAAGGAUUAUGCCUUGCGUGUAGUACCUCCUGCUCUACAUGUAAUGGUCCUUCAUCCAGCAAUUGUACAGCAUGUCCAACAGGCUAUUACCUCUCUUCAGGUGUAUGCUCUCCAGGAUGUGCUUCUGGCUCUUAUACACUAAAUGGUGUCUGCUAUACUUUAUGCCCAAGUGGAUACUACGGCACUUCUUCUUUUACCUGCAUAGCAUGUGAUUCUACCUGUUUAAACUGCAACGGCCCUUUAGCAACCAACUGUAUAUCCAGGCGCAGGGCACUUUUAAUAGUGUGCAUUUCACCAAAGAAAAUUUGGCUGAAAAUUAUUAAAUAAUGUCGAAAUUUAAUGUUUUUUUCGGUCAUGCCUCACACUUAAAUAUAUUCGAAUAAAAUUUCCAUGUCGCACUAUCAAAAAUACGCAAUCAUUUGGCAUGGAGCCGUAUAUCCUGCCCAACUGGAAAAGUGUUAUACUCAACCUCAUGUGUUGACCAAUGUCCUACACAAUAUUAUCAAGACUCAAGCACUAAUAAAUGUAUUCAAUGUGCUUCAGGCUGCGACGUAUGCACUGGGUCAUCUAUCGAAUCUUGCUCUCAAUGCUCAAAUAGUAUGCUUAUUUAUAUUGGCAGAGAUGGGACAGGGUCAUGUGUUUCUACCUGCCCUACAGGGUCUUAUCAAAAUAACACUUCGUGUGCCCUUUGUGCUUCAUCAUUAUGUCAACAAUGUACUGACCAAACUAGCUGCCAAAUGUGCGCGUCAGGGUCAUAUAUGAGCUAUCUAGAUUCAAGCCAAUGCUUAAGUUCAUGCUCAUCAGGACAGCUUCAAGAUUCAACCCAAAGGAAAUGCUAUGGGUAUACUUCUAGAUACCCAACUGGGUCUAUUAACCUUUCUGAUCUUACCAAAAUUCAAAUAUCGAGGUUUCCUCUAUAUAGCGCUGAAAGCGCAGACAUUUUCCCAGGAGCUUUCCAAGUUCGUCGGACCAAAUCGCUUUUUGGUCCGACCAAGGCAUUGAUUUGGUGCAACCAACCGAUAAAUUCAAUCAGAAUUUAUCGGCCUUACAGCGCCAAACAUAGGAAACUUCUAUAGCUUACCCUGUAAGCAUAAUCAAAGGUAUCGGCACUAUCAAUGUUUACAAGAUAACUACAGAUGCCACUACUAAUAUUUUAAGCCUCGAUACUGACAGUACAAGUAUUUUGCUGCUCUCCAAUACUAUUUCAAUAGCAGUUUCUUCACAGCUGUUUUCUUAUUCCUCAACUUAUGGCAUUGAAAUUAUUGCUGGUACAAUUACAACUUCUACAGGAGCUUCCAAUGUGCUGAUUUCUAAGACCGAUUGGAUUUUUACAGUGAAUGGGUAUACAUAUUUACCCCUAGUGACGAUUAUUAAUAAAGGCUUAAAAGGCAUUGAAGUACCUAAAUCUCAAUCCUUUGUGCUUGAUGCUUCUAAUUCUUAUGAUCCUAGUGGAUCUCUGGCUUCAGUCACUCUUUCUUAUUCCUGAACUUGUAAUGAUCUCAGUUCAAACUACCAAGACUACAUGACAGGAAUUUCCACAACCUGGGCUGACUAUGUCUUAAAAGUCAGCACAACUCAGCCUCCUACAAAAACCUGCACAUUUUGGAAUUAUAAUAGCCCUCCAACCACCAUGGUAUAUACUGAAAAUAACGUUCUAUCUGUAGACACAGUCCUCCAAUACAUUUUUACUAUGAGCGACAACAAUAAAAGGUCAUCAAGCUCCUCAAUAUUUGUAAGAGUGGUUAGCAGCAGCCAAACCCCUUUGUCAUUUACAUCGACUCCUUUAUAUAAAAUAAAUACAGAUAGACCUUUUCAGCUUGCGGCGUCAACUGAUUAUAAUUAUAACCCUAGUGGGCUUAAAUGGAUAUAUACGACAACAGGACAAGCUCCAACAUUUUUGACACCACUUACAGGGACAUGACUUUUAACAGUGGGAGAAAAUUCGAUGACGGCAGGAGCGAGCUAUACUUUUAGCUUGACAUAUACUGAUAAUGCAGUAAAAACAACAGCUGUGGUGUCAGUUACUACAAAUACUCCACCUUCUGGGGGACUGCUGUAUUUAGAUAAAACGACAGGAACUGCUUUGAUGACAAUUUUUAAUGGGCAGAUGCUUGGGUGGGUUGAUGACGAUUUGCCACUGUCUUAUUCGUUUUCUGUGGCACCAUCAUAUAUAUCAGGCCAAAAUGAAAUUGCUGAGUAUUUAAUUACUGGCCCUCAGUCGUCUCCUGUAUUUGCUACUUAUUUUGCAAGAGGAAUGACCACUGUUAUAGGGUAUUGUUAUGAUUCUUAUGGAGCAAAAUCUUCAUCAACUUUAUCAAUAACCAUUAGCGAUUUGACUGACAUUGUCAAAAUUUCUGACCAGUCACAGCUGAUUCCUUAUGAAACUACUGAAAAUAACGCAGUUAUCAGUCUACAGAUGUCAGGAGCUGUCGCUAUACAAUUAAAUGCGACUUUUACAGAUGAAUCAUCUGUACUAGCAAUUAAAACGAGGCUGCUUAGUAUUGUGAAUCAAGCUAUUUUAACAGCAGAUUCACUAUACACAGAUGGAUCUCAAAGCGAAGCUGUCUACAUUUACUAUGCAAGCAUGAUGGCGCUAGAGCCUAUAGUAAGGCAACCAUCUUCUCUAUCCAUUUGUAACACAACACUAAACUAUUUAAAUGAUAUUCAGCUUGAAAGACUAGCAGUAAAACAAACCUUAACCGUUUCUAGCUCAAAUGCAGCAGCUACAAGUACCCAAAAUGUAUUAAGCACAAAGCAGUUCAUAAAUUUAUCCCAAGCUUUAUCGAAAAUUAUAAUAUAUAUUACUGAUUUAUCUGAUAGUAGCGAACUGAUUUCUUCAGUUACUGAGCUGAUCGUCAAUAUAAAUAAAGUCAUGUCGUUAGAUCUUCAAUUGACAGAGGAUGCAAGAGAUAUAAGCCUAGAUCGAAUCAAUGUAAAAGCUGCUAAGGAUUUGAUUACUAAUCUUAAAGGAACUACACUCAGUUUAAAUAAUGGAGCAAGUGUAAAGAUACCUCAACUGAGUGGAAGCGAAUCUGUGCAAGUGUUAGCGGCACGUAUAGAAAAUAAUCCGUUUGAUACUACUUCAACAGUAAGCCUGGAUGAGUUUAUUCAGGUGGAUUUCUUAAAUGCAGAUACUGGAGCAACUAUAGCAAUGAAAAAUUUAUCUGACCCAUUUUUGAUUUCUUUCAAUGUUACCAGAGAUUCGCUUAUAUCUUCUCUAUCAUAUAAUGAGAAAAAUCAUUUUUAUCAAUAAAAAUCAAUUAUAUUUAAUUGUGAUUGCUCAAAGGAGGCAAACUAAAAAUCAGAAAUCAGUAGCUUUAUAUAUUGGAGAAUUAGCAUACUUCAGCAAAGGGUAAGUCAAGAAAGAGACUCCAACGUACUUAUAUGGCCAGAGUGUUCUUUUUGGAAAAAUACAUCUUGGUCAUCAGAUGGCUGCAGCCUUUACAACAUGGGAGAGGUCUACACUUACUUUGAAUUUGGUAAAAGCAUUCCUAACUAUUUCCAGCUAGUCUGCGCUUGCAACCAUCUUUCUCAGUUUUCCAUCAACUUUCGCGCAUCUCAGCAGCUUCAAGUUCCAUCCUACAUAAUUAGAGCUAAUGACGACCCUGUAUUUUCAUUCAGAUACUGGGAAAGUGCAAUAGUGAUUUAUCUAAUGUUCAUUGGUCUCGCCUCUUAUUUUAUUGGCCUCAGCUUUGCGUAUUACUGGGACAAUUUCAACCCUGGCUUAUCAAUUCCUUCACUCCUCUUGGAACAAAAAAUCCUGUUCCGAUUUAACGGCUAUUAAAUUUUUCUCAAUAAAAUUAAGCAAUAUUUUGAAUUUAUUUUUAUGAAGAAUUAAUUCUAAAAAUUUAUCGAUUUCAGUGUGAAAACUGUUUAAAUAAAAUUCUGCUUUCACUUUUCCCAUUAAAUUAGAUAAACUUCUUUUAUUAAAAUUAGUAUUUUAUCAUAAAAUUUUCCUAUUGAAAAAAAAAUUUUGGCUUAAAGGGAGGUGAAAUACCCAAAAAUGGAAAUUUAACCUAUAUUUCAUUCCAGUUUAAAGUGGAGAGUCAGUAGAAACCGAAAAAUCCUUUAGAUACUGUGAUCCAAAGAAGGUAGAAGCUGUUUUAUCUCAGCUUGAAAGAGAACUUAUAAGGCAGCUUCAAGAUUCCAAUAAAAGUAAAAAAACCGCAAACCCUGGAGUUUACAUAAGCAAAAUCUUAUCAACUGGGUUGGUCAAUAAACUGAUGCAGCAAAACGAAAAAGCCCCUAAAGGCCAAAUAGAAGCCUAUGACAUUUCUGACCAAAUGCAUCCAAUAGAAACCCUCCUUUAUGACGAAAAUGACUAUGAAUCUAAUGAAUAUGAAGGAUCCCAACAUUCAAAUAAAUUUUUAUAUAAAGAUGAAACAAUGCUAUCAAGAAUUAAAAAAUACAUGAAAAAAGGUGUAGGAGACCCAAGGUAUAAUCCAACUGUAACGUCUGAUUUUGAUGCAAAAGGUCCAGGAAUGCUUUCUAGAAAGGACCUAGAAAGCACAAUCGCUCAGCUAAAGCUUCAUAUGAACCAUUUGGAGACGAAUACACAAGCUUCAACCCCUAUAGACCAGUUUUUGUCAAGAUACGAUGACUCAUUGAAGCUUUCUCCUAAUAUUAUUCGUAGACUGCAUUUGGAUGAUAAAGAAUUAAAGAAAGGAGAUUUGAAGUCUUUAGGAUACAGUCCACAGGAAUUCGCUGCAAUUAGGUGUGAUAAAGAUGACAAUGUAAUCCCUGAUACAACCUUGCUGACCGGUGGAAAAUACUGUAAGUUUUAUUUUAGCUGAAAAAAUCGUUGAAGAAGUCAAAAGGUUUUACUAUACUUUGAAGCUCGGAUACUGGUCGCUAUUCUGGCUCUAUUUCAAAAAAGAGCACAAAUUCUUCGCGCUCUUCUACAACCUGCAUAUAGAAUACACCAAAAAACAAAUGGUCACUCUGCUCGCUAUAUUUUGCAUCAUUCAGCUUCUGUUAUGUCAAGUCUUUAUUGCAUAUAUGAACUGGGAAUGGGAAAAAACCUACAAUCAAAAUGGCGUCUGCAUUUGGGGCUGCAAUUAUGAAUCUCAGCUACUAGCUGGAGCUAUCUGUGCCAUAAUCCCAUGGCCUAUCUUUUAUUUAUGUAAAUAUCUUUUCGCUAGAAAUUCUGUAGAAUAUGCAGCUGCCCAUGCUUGGAAGGUCCAAGCCUACCAGAAUAAGCACUGUCGAGAAAUGAUAGGGACUUUUGGUGUUUUUAUAAUGUUUAUUAGCAUUAUUGCAGCAAUAGUUAUUAUAAGCGUUUAUGAGCCUUUCAGCUUAAUUCAAGGGGAAGAUUUUGCGUAUUGCUACUUGGCGUCAGUUAUAUGGAGCUUUUUCAUUGGUGAAUUUUUGGGGACGCUGAUUAAGGCUUGGUUUAUAUGGAUGGCAUCUCAUGAUUUCCACUCACAAAAGCCAGAAGAGAGAGGAUUUUGGUCAGAGCUUUCAAGAAAUGUCCUGACUUACCUGCCUUGUUUGCUUCCUACUGAGCUUUAA